GAAGUUAGAAAACGAAAGUACGUUAGCUAGGCCAAAGAUAUCAAGAGUCAAAGAGUUCAACGUACGAAGACAAACAACAAAAUAAUAAUAUGACUUGAUGUACUGACUACUGAUUAGAUCUAGCAGCGCCAGCACAACACUAACUCAUUUCGUAAAUCUACAAUGUUUGGAGAUGUUUGAGAUUGGUAGAUAUGUUGCAAUUUGGACUUUUAUGUUGUUAAGUGCUCUAGGGUCGUCAUCAGAGGUGUACCUCAAUCGAGAUGGUGUAACACUUUCAAGACAACUUGUAGGUUCAGGAUUUCACCGAGAAAUAAAAACUACAGUAACCGUCUCCAAUGGCACAAGACGAGCUCUGACUGACGGGAAAUGCAGGCUUUUGCUUUUAGAGACUUUGUCUCCAGGUGUAUAUGCUGACCCGUUUCAGCUGAAGUCACUGGAACCAUUUGGGGGUCCAAAGGUUGCCUUUUCUGCAGAAGUGGAUUUAGAGGCAACUGCUGAUCAGAGUAAGCCGCUUGAGAUAAACAUUUUCAUCGAUAUAUACAGUACAGAUGAAAAGACUCCCAAUGAAUGGACCAUAGGUCUGCCUGUACAUGGUCGCUAUCAUCGACCAUCAUUACAUAAGGGUGCAUCUUCAGUAGAAGUCAUCAUCCUCAAUCCAGUUCUUUACUCCAGUUGUUCUUUUCCUGGGUCCUCUAAUCCUGUCCUGUUGGCGCCAUGUGAUGCUUCAAACAAUUCCAAAUGCAAAUGGAAUCCCAUACUGUAUCAAAGGUUUCACAAACCACGAGCCGUCACUGCUAACACCAGGAGUGUCACUGGUACUUGUUGAUUGUGUUUGAGGAUCUAGUUUUUAAUGAAAGUUCCACCACUGUUCAAAUAUUGUCUCAACCUAGAAGGACAUACAUCUUCCACAUCUCCAAUGGCUGAGCUGCCAUCCUUCAUGGGGUAGUCCGAAAGAUCAGUGUGUGAUUUGCACAAAGAAUAUCAGUUUUCAUCCCUUUUGAUGCAAAAGUUGAUGGGAGCAGCUCAUACUUUUUUGACUCAGAACAAGGCACAACAAGCUUAGUGCAUACACAAGUAUCUAGGAGAACUUAAAGUUAAAGAUUGGCCAGUCAGAGAUAUGCCCACAGAGGAUCUGUUUGAGGACUGUGCUCAAUCGCAGUAGUCCCAGAUUUUCCUUAUAUAUGUCAGAGCCAGUGCCACUUCCACUAAGGGACAAACUUUAUAAAGGCAGAUUUGAGGCUCCUCAAAUGACCACUGCAUUUAUGAGGAUGUCUGGCAUCUCCAUAAAGAACGAAGAAGAAGGAAGACUCCCUAUCCACAUCUCCAUUGCCACAUAUUCUGUCUUUCAUUAUUUUAUGUACAACUUGUUGUACUCUAAAGUGGUUGUACAGCUUCAUUGUGCAAAAUACACAGCUACUCUGUGCAGUAAAACAUUACUCGGAUCCACAAAAUGAGGCUAUAUAAUGAACAAAGUGAAAAUAAAAGUGCAGUACAUUGUCCGGGGAACUUCACUCGUGAAAUAUAAAGAUACUCAUUGUACGUUGUAUUAUUUGCAUUUGUAUCAAUGGUACAAGAACACGAACUUUUCCCUUGAUCAUAAUGCAUGAAUCUGAUGAUGGGCAGGGACACAGAACGAGUUAAUGUUGUCUUGGAAAGCAUUCAACUCUUGUCUUUGAGAGAGAGAUAUAUAUAUAUAUUCUAUAUAUAUAUAUUCUCUCUCUCUCUCUCUCUCUCUCUCUC